AUGCCUCUGAAAUUUUGUGGGCAUAGAUGGCUCGAAAACGGUCCUGCGGCCCAAAGGGCCUUAGAAAUAUUAAAUGAUGUAAAGCAGUACAUUUCAUCAGUAGAAAAGGGGCGAUACAAAGGAGCCAAGUGCAAAUCUUAUUUUGUGGUAUUAAAUGCAUGCAAAGAUGCUCUUCUGCCAGUAAAGCUUAAUUUUUUUAUUUCUGUAGUUAGAAUGCUUCAACCAUUUUUAGCAGGAUUCCAAAAGGAUUGGCCAAUGUUACCGUUUUUGGCUGAUGAUUUAAAGAAAUUGAUCUUCAACCUAUUGGACACUUUCAAAGUUUUGAAAAGUAGUGUAGUGUCAGACAUGAAAAAAAUGUGCGAUUUUUCAAAUGUAAAUUUCGAUGAAAGUAAAAAUAGUAUCAGCAAUGUUUCAGCUGGCUUUGUCGGAAAUAGCUUGCUUAAAAAGCUAGCUGCGCAGAAGGAAAUCAGUGACAAAGCUGUUAUGGACAUUCAGCACGACUGUCAGAACUUCAUAAUUGCAGUGGUGAAGAAGAUCUCUGAGAAGUCACCAGUGUCCAACCAAUUUGUGAGAUGUUUAUCCUCCUUAGAUCCAAGGAGGAUAUAUCAAAAUAGUGACAGUUGUCACAAAAAAAUGAGUAUCAUUCUGAAGGAGUUAGUUCGGUGCAAAAAAAUAAAUGAAGAUGAUUGCGACCUAAUUCUUUUGGAAUUUUUAAAUUUUUUAAAUUCAGUGGCAAAUGAUGAGUCGUUUAAAAGUUUCGAUGUAUCAACACAAAGGUUAGAUGUGUUUUUGAUGAAUCAUUUGUGCACGGAUGAGUAUAGACUGCUGUGGGGGGUCAUAAAAAGACUAUUACUUUUUUCCCACGGACAGGCUAGUGUGGAACGUGGUUUCUCAAUUAAUAAAAAAAUUGAGACUGAAAAUAUGAAGGAAGAAACAUAUGUAGCCAAGAGACUUGUUAAAGACGCAUUGGCUUUGAGUGGAGGGGCGAAAAAUUUUGAGGUGACAAAGGAAAUCAAGAUAGCUGUUAGAGGAGCACGGCAGAAAUACCGCCAAUAUCUUGAACUGAAGGCUGCUGAAAAAAAAUUGGAAAAUAAAAAGAGAAAGAAUCACGAUCAAGAGAUCACUGAAUUGAAAUCGAAAAAAGUCUGCCUGGAGAAAACUGUGGCAGAACUGGAAAAAUCUGCAGACAGAUUAUUAGAAAAAGCUGAAGCGACUGAAAAUGUGUUGUUCUUGAAACAAGCAAAUAGCUUCAGGAGAACAAUUAAGGACAAAAAGUCUGAAAUUGAUGAAAUUAAUGAAAAAAUUAAGGGAAUAACUCGGACUUAA